AUGACCGAUCAGAAUAUUAUUAAUCUUCGUGCCGGUGGCCAGCGCAGCUCCAAUUUAAUCCAUAUUCGUAUUCAACAACGGAGUGCAAAGAAAACGCUGACAACAGUGCAAGGUGCUGGUAAAGAAUUCGAUAAAAAGAAAUUUGCCUGUAAUGAUACUGUUGUCGAACGUCACGAAUACGGUGAAGUUAUUCAACAGGUUGUUCUUCUCGAUCAAUCGAUCGUAUUGUGGACCACGGAGCAACUACUUGUGACCUCUUUCACCCAACGAAAACUCAUUCACAUGGCAAGUUCAUUGACAACAGACUACAACAUUGACAAUGUCUAUAAAGCUUUCAGUAAUGUUCUGGAUCAGGAAUCAGUCCGCGUACGAGAGUUUGUCAUUGCCUUUCGAGAAUUGGCUAAGUUUUUCAAUCAUCUCAAUGUUGUCUUCUCCUUCGUUGCCAAUGACCUUCAUGACAAAUUCGAUCUGCUCGAUGGUUGUGUAAAACAUCAUCCCGUACCAUUCGAAACUGUUCAAACAACUAUCGAACACGAAAGAAAUCGAGAAGAUAAAAGUGGAACAGUUGCAAUUCUACGUUUACUACGAGCAUUGGAAUUCACUUAUCUGUUUCUCGAACGAGCUAUUGUUUCGCCGACGGAUUCGAAAUCAACCAAGCAUGUUGCCUGGGAUGUCUACAAACAAACUUUACACAAACGUCACAAUCGAGCAGUGCAGGCAAGCAUCUGGCUUGCUACAGCGACAAUCCCAAAGCGAGAUGCCUUGAAAGAGAUCUUACUCCGUGGUGAAGUCGAACCCCAUACGGCUGAUAGAUGUUUUCCAUUAAUCGGAAAAGUCUAUCGUCAAAUAUAUAGAAUCUAUGAACAAAAUCAACUUCUCGAGUUAGUACCACUGUGA